AUGUCAGACAUGGAUCUCGAACAUUCAGGCUUGCAGGAGGUUGCGAACGCUAUGCGUGGAGACAGCAUUACAGAGGGUCCUGGCCAGAAGCGAAAGCGCGACUCUGAAUCAGCUGAUGACAUGAGACGUGGUACCAAGCGCGUUUCCCCCACUGGCAAUAAGGAUCAGCAGGACGGCGGUGUCGAGGCCCUACAAGAUUACAACUCCCUCCACCAUGGUCACCUUGAUAACCAUAACGGCUCUGCCGAGCAUGCUUCGACCGCUGCUGCUGCGUUGGCCGGUAUCUACCCUACCAUGACCGUUCCUCAACCGACAGAUGUCUCCUUCGCUACGCAAGGCUCCGAUUCCGAUCGCAACCCAGAGUCUUCCUUCAUGGACAACAGUCAACAACAAGAUAGCUUCAUGGAGAACUCGACACCAUCUGGUAGAGGCUCUGGUAACAAGCCAGCUGUUGGAUCCGAUGAAUGGCACAAGGUCCGAAAGGACAACCACAAGGAGGUUGAGCGACGCCGCCGAGAGACCAUCAACGAGGGUAUCAACGAGUUAGCCAAGAUCGUCCCCGGUUGUGAGAAGAACAAGGGCUCGAUUCUACAACGCGCUGUUCAGUUCAUCACCCAACUUAAGGAGAACGAGACCCAAAACAUUGAAAAGUGGACCCUCGAGAAGCUUCUCACUGAGCAAGCCAUUGCCGAACUCAGUGCCAGCAAUGAUAAGUUGAAGGCCGAGUGUGAGCGAGCAUGGCGAGAAGUCGAGACAUGGAAGAAGACUUGCCAGAGUGCUGGUUUGGCCCCGAAGAAGGAUGAUGGUGCAUCUACUGGAGACAAUUAG